UUGUCAUACAUCAGGAAGUGAUGCGUAUACGCAACCUUAUGCUUUCUGAAGCUGGAUUUCCCCGCAUCAGUCAGUGCUAUGAAGGAUUAGCAAAGUUUUGCUUAAUAAUGUCAUCCAUUUCAACACCUGAUCCGUCUGCGGUGCUGUACUGAACGUGUAAACCUGAGAGCAGCUGGUCAAGCAGUCACUAUUGAGCAUCAUCUGGUAUCCUCCAUCAUGUCAGAUUUGAAUGACAACUCUUUGAACAUAAAUUUAUUGAAAGAAUCUGUGUUAAAGAGGCUCAGCGAGUCUCUUGACAAGGCCAACAAUAAGGGAUGGCGAAAACUGGGGGAGAUCGUGAAAAGAGACAAGCGAUUCAAAGUGAGUCUGGAUGAUAUGGACAUGUGCUCGCUGAAGGUUUUGGAGGUAGAUGGCAGUCCUUCCCGCACCCUGCUCAAACUCAUAGGAGAUAAAGGCUGUGUGUUGGGUGAUCUGGUAGACUUUCUACAGAUCAUGGGUCAAACAGAUGCCCUGCAGUGUCUCAAACCUUCAGGAAUUCAAAUCCUCGUCCAGCCGCAGUCAGUGUCUGUCAUUGCUGGACACAACCUUCGUCUAAGCUGUUGUGCUGUUAGUGCUUCACGUGUGCAAUAUCAAUGGUUUAAGAAAACAGAGGAGGUUCCUAACAGCUUCUCUGCAGACCUGGUGUUCAGUCCAGUCCAGGUCAAAGAUUCAGGCUUUUAUAUCUGUAGAGUGAACUGUGGAAACACAUAUGAGUUCAGUCACUGGGCCCAGGUAGACGUCCUUGAUGUUCCACCAAGAUAUGGGUUAGUAUCUCUGGUAUCAGAGGGCAGGCCAAAAGUGCUGAUCCAGCCUCAACCACAAAGGCUGCUGGUGGGUGAUUCACUCUAUCUGGAGUGUGGAGCUAUUGGCAGACCCCUACCACAAUAUCAGUGGUACAGAAAUGGAGUUCCAAUCAAAAAAGCCACCAAGAGGAAGUACAAUGUUGAUCUUUUGUUGCCAGAGCACAGGGGAAGAUAUCGCUGUGAGAUCUUCAGCAACAAUGAGAGAACAUGGAGCAAUGAAGUGGAUGUCAUUAUUGAAAAUCCUUGCCAUCCUGAAAAGAAAGAGCCAAGGAUAUCGCCUGAAAUUUCAGGGGCGAUGGAAUGCUCUGAAGAUGACUUUUUGACCAAUGAACAGGAUUACAGUUUUGAGAAACCUUAUGCUACAGACAAAGUGGCUCUUCUGAUUGGUAACCUCACAUAUCGAAACCACCCACAGCUGAAAGCGCCCAUGGUUGACGUGUAUGACCUCACCAAUCUGUUGCGGCAACUAAACUUUAAAGUGGUGUCUCUGCUAGAUCUGACAGAGUCAGAGAUGCGCAACGCUGUGGAGGAGUUCUUGUCCCUGCUUCAUAAGGGAGUGUAUGGUUUGUUGUAUUAUGCUGGCCAUGGUUAUGAGAAUUUUGGGAACAGUUUCAUGGUGCCAGUGGAUGCCCCAAAUCCAUACCGUUCAGGCAACUGUCUCUGUGUGCAGAGCAUUCUGAAACUGAUGCAAGAGAAGGAAACUGGACUUAAUGUCUUCCUAUUGGAUAUGUGCAGAAAAAGAAAUUUACAUGAUGAAGCCAUGCCGAAUGUCAUGCUUAAAGUCACAGCCAAUAUUGUUUUUGGAUAUGCAACUUGCCAAGAUGCUGAAGCUUUUGAAUUGAGUUCAAGUGGAUUCACCAAUGGAGUCUUCAUCAAAUUCCUGAAAAGGCGCCUCCUAGAGGAUGAAAAGAUAACUGUUCUGCUAGACAGAGUGGCUGAAGAUAUGGGUCAGUUUGACCCCACAAAGGGUAAACAGGCUCUGGAGAUCCGCAGCAGUUUGUCAGAGAGGCGUUCCCUCACCGAUCCCAUCCGCCCUGGAGACUACUCCGAUCCAACCCAGGCACACAACCUGCUCUGGUCUAAAGCACAUGAACUGCCAGAGAACAGAAUUUUGGACUUUGAGUGUGGAGUUCAGAUAAAAAUGGACUUUGCUGCGGAGUUCUCCAACGUGCUGGUCAUCUACACCAGCAUUGUGAAAAAGCCAGAGGAGAUGAUGUCAUGUCAGGCACACAUCACUAACCUCCCUCUGGACCUGGAUGUAGAUCCUAAGCUGAUGAAUAAGGAGACUCUUGAGGAGACGGGAAGCUUCUUACUCUCAGGCAGUCUCCCUCAGCACUGCCUCUAUACCAGGCUUAGCUCAAUACAGAAACUCAAGGAGGAACUGGCAUUCACUGUCUGCCUUCAAGUCCUGUUUAACUCUCUAGAGGACCUGGUCCAAUGGAACAUGGACGUUAACAUUGGAAAGCCUCUCACUGCCAAACUGGAUCUCAACCGGCCCACCCGGAAGAUUAGCUGCCAACUGACCUGUCACAUGCCCCAUAGCCCCUCGACCAGCCCCAGCCACAGUCCCGCAUCUGACCGCCGCUUCCACAGCCAGGACUCCUACUUUCCCCAGCAGUACGCCAACCCCUACCUCAAUGUCUUUGAGCCUCUCCAUGGAGCAGUUGGGGGAUAUGGGGGCUUUCCAAUGCAUGCUGGUCACACAUAUCAAUAUGAAAACAUGCCAUGCUCUCCUUUCCUGACCCCGCCAAGUAUUCCCAUUGAGACCACCGAUGACAUUGAUGACAUGCAGAAUGAGUUCAUAAAUAGCUUGCAACUCUAUAACCGUCCUUGAGUGUUUCUGUUUAUCGAUUUAGAUGUUUUGGAAGAGCUCCUAUUUCCAUCAUAUCUUAUCGACUUUGGCCAAGUUAGUCUUUCUGAGGUUAAUCUAUGAUAGUGCUUUAAGGAAUAGUUCACCCAAAAAAAUGAAAAAUCUGUAAUUAUUUAUUCAUCCUCAUAUGGUUCCAAACCGACAAGUCUUUCUUUCUUUUGCGGAACACAAAAGGGAUGUUUUAAAGGAUGUUCCAUUUGCUGAUUUCUAUUCAACAGCAGUCAAUAAUGACUUAAAAAAGCAUCCAAAAAUAUCAUAAAAGUAGUCUAUGUGACUUGUGCAGCAUUUUCCAAGUCUUCUGAAGGCAUACAAUCACUUUGUAUGAUGAACAGACCAAAAUUUAAGCUGUGAAGGGCUCAAAUCAAAUAUGGUGGCAAUAACAUCAAACCUCAUGGGUUUUUGCGUGCCUUGUGGUUUGAUGUUAUUGAUGUGUAGCCAUAUUUGCUUUAAUCUGGGAACAUGUAAUGCACCAAGCGGGGCACCUUACCUAUAUCAUCCUAUACAGAAUGAUUAAGGAUAGUGGGGUCAGUGAGUUUAUCAUACUGUACAAAUUAUAGCCACAUACCAAGUCAUCACUACCAGCAGUUUUCAGUCCUCGACUUCAUGUGACAUUUAUUACUACAACUUUAAAUUUUUGCAUAAAGAAAAAAACUGUAACAUACUGUCAUUGUAAGUAUGUUAGUUAAAUGUUACAUUAUAAUUUAUGUUAAAGAUACUGUAUCAUUAUCACCUCAUUACUUAAAAUGUAUUUUCUCAUAUAGAUUUUAAACAGACAUUUAGACAAAAACCACAUUUAUUUUUAAAUAAAAAUGCAUAAAACUUA